AUGUUCAUGCGGUUUCGAGGUGGCAGCAUCGGGCAUAAGGUAUCCAGGGAGUGGGAUUCCUUCUUACAAUUGGAUUGUCAAACCGCUGGUGAGGAGGUCAGUGGCACGUGCAAAGAAGCUGAUACAGUGCAAGGAGCCGAGGAGGACAACAAGAUGAGUGGAGAAGAGGAAGAUGAUGAUACAGACCUGGACGAGGAUGAGGGAAGCUCCAGCAAGCCUGACGAUGACAAAUUGGACGAUAAUGAUGGUGAAAUGGUGGCAGGCCUCGAUGAUAAUGAGAACUUUGGCAGUGGCCAUUGUGCUUCCGACAUGGGGCCUUACUACAACAGGGUAAUAAUGGCAGGCGAAAUCAGGGCAACAACCGUCAACAUGCUUCAAGAUGUCGUCUACCUUGAAAUCAAUGGCGCCCUUUCAUCCUGGAACAUGCAUUACUUCAAUGUCAACAUCACCACCCCUGGCAGGAAAUGA